AUGUACAUAAAUUGUUUCGUUCACACUUACUCUCAGUUCACUUGCCGAUCUUUUUUUGAAAAAUCAGUUGCUCAAAGAAAUCUCCGACUGAUAGUCUACACUCUUCUUCAGAAAUCCAACUAUUACGGUUCAACUAUUAUGAGGCCAUUAGUAUUUGUGGUAUGCUUUGUACAAUACUUAUUUUCUGUCAUCAUAGCAAAUAAGGAUAUUUCUGGAAUCAAACAUCUAUCAAAUGGUUAUUCUAAAAUGGAUAUGUUAACAAUUUCAUUAAAAAGUUUGUAUCCAUAUGCAGCGGAAAUUCAGAAUCAACAACGUAUAACAGGAAUUUAUAAUAAAAUUGUACAAAUUUUACGUAAUCAAUUACGUACAGAUGAAAGUGUAUUGGAAUGUGGACAAAUUUAUAAUAAUGACGGCUAUUUGAGUAUACGUUUCCGGAUCAGAUAUGGACCGGAUAAAUGUUCAGAUUUAAGAACGUUAGCUGCUACUGCUGUACGUUUAUUAGAUGAAGUACAAAUUAUUGAAGUGACAUGUGGAAAUGAUUCGAUAUCAUUUUUUUAG